AUGUUUCGCUCCCCAAGCGAGUCGUUGCGGAGAGUUCUGCGCUCUCCGGCGAAAGCUGUUGCACGACUCGGGCGCAAGGGCUCCAAGCACAUCGUCUAUUUCCGGAUCCACCGGCUUGUUCAGGAAGAGGAGGCUUACAAGUCCGCGCUUGCAGGUGUCGUAGACCAAACAGACGGUCGCGAUCCGGACCAGACACGGGCUUCGGCGUUGAAAGCUCGUUCACUGCGUGUGUGUAUUCAGUUUCUGGACGAUCGGGCGGGAUCUGUUCUUCAAACGUCUUCGACAACGAACGGAGUCUGGGAGGAAACUCUGGAAUCGAAUGUUACACUUUAUCCACUGGCCAACGAGAAACGCUUUGAACCGCUCGUUGCUCAGGUGAAGUUGUACGAUGUACAGCGGGACCAGCCCAUAGGCGUUGGCGAAGUGGAUGUAGCCCAGUUUGCGCCAGCGUGCGUAAACCGCAACACUGGGGACGGUGCCGAAGCACCAGCGGCACACCGUUUUCAUCGGCGCACGGGGAGCACGGACUUUGGAGAAUGCCUUCUGGAGCUCAGGUCCUCAACUAGCGAGAGCAGAAACACACCAAAGUCGAAUCGAAUCCGAGCGGUGCUCCUCAUUAGCAUCAGCAUUGACCAGCCGCAUACGUUCACCGAUGUGUCUGCGUCGAUCGGAUCCCGUGACAGCGCGAGCCAGGCUUCUUCAACAGAGUCCAGUGCAAGCGUACCCGAUCUAAUGAGCGCCAAUCGAAACAGCAUGCCAGAGCCGUUCAAAGGAAACCGCCCAAGGGCGACUCACGGCACGCGAACGGUGGCUGCAGGCGGAUACCAGGGAGCACCGCUGACCUCAUCGACAGCGCAGGCGUCGCUGACGGCUUUGCGAGCGUCGACCAUGGCUCGCGAACGAAUCCAUUCAGCUCAGAAUGAGGGAGGCAGCGAGGAUUUUGCGAAGAAGACGAGCGCUGGGGGCCAGGCGUCGACGGCAGCGUCACCGCAUGCCCAGAGCUUGCAUCCCGCGGCUUCGAUGCCGUCCAGUGUGACAUCGCUACUGCAGGAUCGGGACCGAGGACCCAACAGCGGUACGGCGGAACGAAUACCGCAGCCUGAUGAAGCAUCUCUAUGGAAGAGAGAACGUGAUCGGUUCGCAAAACAACUUUUGCUGCAGGCGGAAACGUUUCAGGAGGAAAUUCGCGAGCUUUCCGCGACCAACAGUGCAUUGCGUGUUCAGUUGGCGGCGCUGUGUCGCGAACGCGAGGCGCAGCAGCUAUUCAGCGUCCCUGCUGAGAGGCGCCAGAGCGCGCGUACGCACCCAGGCGACCAUGGCCUACCGCUCGCAACUACUGGACUCGCUUUAGCACGCAGCACUGCAAAGGAGGAUAUCGGUGCUGAGCUGGACCCUGUUCCGGUCGACUGGGAUCGAGAGCGGCUCGCUCGCGAAUGGCAGAUAGCGCGCGCCGGCCUGCGAGCGGCGGUCGCCCAGGCACGUCUGGAGGUCGAGGCUGCGCUGCGCGAUGCUGCCUCGAGAUCCAUUGCGAGUUUGCGGUACUUUACCCACUGGCAUCGUCAGCGUGAGGAUGAAGCACUCGCUCCUCACCAUGAUCUUGCAGCGAUGAUGACCUCACGGGAUGCUUCGAAGGAAACUAGCGCCGAACUCGAUCCGAGCUCGACUGCAGGUCGUUCUGCUCCAGAAGAGACGGCGCUCGUUCGGGAACUCGAGCAGCAAUUGAUCGCGACGAAACUGGCACAUGCCGAAUCCGAGGACAAACUCGAGGAGCUUCGACGUGCGCUUCGAGAGAUGCAAGGUCGUUUGCUUCGCGAGCAGCAGCGGACCGUACAGCUCGCGCAAGAGCUUUCGCAACUCCACGGGCAGCAGGUUGUCACGGCAACGCCAGCGGCAACAGCAGCAGUAGCGGAUGCGCUACAUCAUCGCACGACGGGUAGUACGCAAAGCAACGCUGCCGAACUGGUUUCAGGCGCAUCAGAAAGUAGACUGUGGAGGCGGUUCUCUGCAUUAGAUGAGACGCGCACCAUCGACACGACUGCCGCGCGAGAGCAGCACGCUCAUAGAGAAGGUGCCAAUGAAGCUACUGAUGCUGCUGCUCGCCGUCGCGCGUUCUCUGUAUCGAACGACGCGUCGCUAGCGAGCGGCGCUGGCGACGUAUCAGCCACUCAACGACGCUCUGUAGAGCAUGCGCGUUCUCGGCGUUUUUUCUGGAAUCGACGUCAUCGAGCGAACAGCCACACAGAGCCUUCUUCAUAUGGGUAA